AUGCAAUUCAGUCUCUCAACCGUCCUCGUCUUCGCGGCAGCGAUGCUCGCCGUCAACACAACACCUCUCGCUGAGAUGUCGGAGCUUCAGAUGUCGGAGCUUCAGAUGUCGGAGCUUCAGGAGCGUGCAGAUGUCUUGCAAACCCGGUCCACGGAAGCACUUGCCCCUCGUCGCAUACCCGUGGCCGCCAUCGUCGCCAAUGGGCGCGGCUUCAACCGACUCAAGGCCGGUGCGAACAACAAGAACAGGUUCAAGAAGACGAAAAACCGAAGGCCCCGAACCUCUACUAACACACCACAGCCGACCUUGGCACCUCAGGUUCCCCAAAAGUCGGGUGGCCUUUGCGGCUUCUUGGGCCUUAGCUGUUAA